UCAGAGAAACGCGCGGAAACUGUAAAAAUAAUUGUUGUGCUGGAAAUAAAGUUCUUUAAAAGUUUUAUGUUCAUAUCAUGUAUUAAAACAAAAUGAAUGAAGAUAUUAAUGUUACAUUCAUUAUACCAAAGGGCUUCAAGACUGAAAAUGAAUGUAGUGAGGACAUGAAACUUGCAUUUACGGCUUGUGAACAACAUUCGGGAGGUGGUAUUAAUGCAAAAUGGGUACAUGAAGAACAGUGGACAAAAUUUGAUGGUUUGACUAAAAGAGAUGUGCUUGUAAUCACAGACUUUAAAGGGGAUUUGUUUCAUAAACUGAGGGCAACGAAAUGUCUGCUAGUGGGACCUCGUUGUCUUUCAUGUUGUCUGACAGAAAGCACCUCAAUACCAUCUGGACCAGAGCCAGUGUAUACAAUAGCCAUGAGAGGACUUGUGGUUACAGCUAGUGGAUUUACCAAAGAACAGAAGGCUGAUAUGAAGAACAAGGUUUAUUGGAUGGGUGGACUUUACAACAAUGUGUUGACAGAGGACACUACACACCUCAUCUCUGAUACAGUGCUUUCUGAUAAAUAUAGUAAAUCUGUAGAGAAAGGCAUACCCAUAAUGAGUGCAGAGUGGGUGCAGGCCGUUUGGGACGCUUCAUUACAACUCAAUGUCACCGGUUCAUCUGCAGACUUUGAUUCUUAUCGUCUGCCCCCCUUCACUAAUCUACAGGUGACAACCUCUGGUCUGGGCAGAAGGGAAAAGCAGAACAUAAUGAAACUUGUCAACGAAAAUGGUGGCACAUUCUCCGGAGCAUUCCAGAGUGAAUCCACCGAUGUUGUCGUGCUAAACAAGGAUGGAGUGACUGGUGACAAGUACAAGGCGGCACUGGAGUACGGCAAGUGGUGCGUGGUGCCCGCGUGGGUUGUGCAGAGCGCCGAGAGGGGCGUAGCCCUACCUUUCUCGCAGUUCCGGGUCGCAGGCGCGUCUACGUCUUCGCCGCUGCCCGAACACCGACUUCCUGACAUGAGUCUUGAUUUCUCCCGCAUCGGCAAUGCCCGCGCUCUGAGCAAUAUAGUCAACGAGACGAGGCCAGCUGACUUCUCCACGACUUCCAGAACCAAGUUAUCACAAGAGAUUAAGAAGAAUGACACUUCAAUGGACAAAGAAAUUGUUGAAGAGUUUGAGAAGUUUGAUAUGAGUUUAAUUAAAAAGGCUGGUCCUAUCUUUGAUGGUUUUGGGAUAUGGCUGGUGGGCCUGGAGGGCGUAUGCCGCGAGCGAGCCGGCGCCAUGAUCUCGCGGUGUGGCGGCGUGCGGUACGACAGCCCGGGCGAGCGAGUAACGCACGCGGCGGGCGCGGGGCGCGGCGCCGUGCGGGCUGCCGCGGGCGCGCCGCACCUGCCCGUGCUGGACGCGCGCUGGCUGCUGCACAGCGUGCGAGAGCGGCGAGCGUUGCGGGAGGCCGACUACUUAAUGAACAGCAAGCCCCAGACCCCGGUGAAGUCCCGCAGCAAGGUGGAGCCUGCGUCCCCCAUGAGCAAGCGGAACCUCCAACUGCUGCGACCCGAGCUGCACCUGCCGCCUCCGUCACCUCAACCUCCUCCGUCACCUCCACAUGACGACCUCGUCAAUCAUUACCUGAGUCAACAAAUGGAAGAGCCACACAAAACUCCAGAAAAAAGUGAAGCACCCAGACAGCCACACCCACAACAUCCGGACAUCACAGAAGACUUGCAGGACGAGCCUACUGAGGAAAUUGAACAGAUUUUCAGAGGCAUCAAGAUAGAAGUGUGUGGAUUAGAUGAAGAAGCCAUCUGUGAGAUCGGCGCCGAGGUGUCGGCAGCGGGGGGUGUUCUCGUAGCGGCCGGGGGAGGGGGGCAAUAUAGACUGGUGCCGCUGGACUGGGACGAGGUCGGAGACGAAGUGCCUUGCGUCACCGUGUUCUGGAUUAAAGACUGCAUAUCAUCGAGCGAGCUGCUGGAAGUGCAGUACUUCCACCGGCCCGUGCGAGUGGCCGUGCGAGUGCCGCUCGCCGGGGUGGUCGCCAGCCUGAGCACCUACAGCGGCGUGGAGCGAGCCUUCCUCGACCGUCUGGCCGAACUGUGCGGCGCUACUACGCAGUUACGUUUCUGCCGCCGCACGACCGCAAACGCCACAGCGUCCACACACUUGAUUUGUCCAACUCCGGUGGGCGACAAGUACCAGGGCGCGGUUAAGUGGGGCCUGCCCGCUGUCACCGCCCAGUGGCUGUUGGACUGCGCCGAGAAAGGCGUGCGACUACACGAGGGACCUUAUCUCGUUGGUGACACUACAGCGCCCCCUUUACCUGAGCAAGAGGAUACAAAAGUUGAAGAGACAUCAAUAGAGGGAAACAAAACGCAUGGACUGGAGUUGGAUGAGAGGAACAAAGAGAACGACAUGCUUCCCCCGGCAGGAACACACGUGCCCCGGCGCGGGUCUUUGCCUAAAGACGAAACACCCAAACAAAACGACGGCGAUGGUGACGAGAUGUCGCCCGCGUCGCGAUAUAUUGCCAUGGCGCGGCAGGGUCUGCUCGGUGGCGACACGCAGGGCACACCCAAACAACUGCAGCGGGUGCAAAAUGACAUUAAACAAGCAGCUGAGGCCAUGUGCACGCCUCCGCUAGAUGACGCACUGUCAUCCCCAAACCUAGUGGGGCUGAGCCCUACCACGCGCCGUAGACUAACCGCUCUGCGUCGUGGUGAGAUGCCCUCAGACCCUCCGGCUACACCCACCGAUCCUUUCGCGAGCAACAUACAGACUCCGGACAGCGAGUUCGGCGCGGCGCUGCGGCCCGGGACCGGGCGACUGUCCCCCGAGAGCAGGAAGCGUCUGUGGCGCGUGGUGCACGACUUACCGGCCCAGCUUCCGCAGCGCGAAGUGCACAAACAAACGCCUCUGUCGGAGAUCCGAAAUCGUUUCCUCGCACAAUUCAACAGUGGGUCCGUUACCACACCGCCUUCUGAUCAUACAAUCAAACCUCGGAAAUUAAUGAUACAGGAUGAAAUGGACACACCACCAGCAAAAAUGAUGAAAUCAUUUCAUGAUCAGAGCGCCGGUACUGCAGGUACAACGAGCGAAAAUAAGGAAAAGAUGACUCCUAUGCAGUCCUGGGACACAGAGAUUGAGCGACACGAUAGCAAAAUUAGUAAUAAAUGCAGUUCAGCCGCAGAAGAGCGUCAGGAAAACACAACAACUAGUAACAAACCUGACACAAGUACACAUGAAAAUAGUAGUAAUGUCGCGAGUACAGACGACAGUAGCAGUAAAAUGAUUGGGAAUAGCAUUGGUGCGGCUGUGGAUGCUCAACUACAGCGACUUAGCGCGGCGCUUACGGGCAGGUUGAGUUCACAACGAGCACGCCGCUCUGUUACCAGCACCGUCAAAGGAACAGAACCGGAAGGCGGGGCAGAAUCGCAGCCGAGCACUGUAGGUUGGGACGACACAACCCCGGUGAUUAGGAGGUUCAUGCUGUCUUCUAAUGUCGAUAAUAGCGAAGAGAUAAUGGAAAUUAUUCGUGAACUGGGUGGUGAGUUGUGCGAGGGUGCUGAGCUGGACUUCCGCGCGACGCACUUACUGUGCGCGGUGCCGGGGCGGAGUGAGAAGAUGCUGUGCUCCGUGGCCAGCGGCAAGUGGGUGCUGCACCCCGCGUAUGUCGCCAGGAGCAAGGCAGCCGGCAAGUUCCUAGAUGAGGAGGAGUGGGAGUGGGGCAACCCUGCGGCGACUAGUUUGCCCGCACUGGGUGGUGGCGAGGCACAACUGGCGCGUGCGGCGCACCGCUGGCGACUGGCCACGGCACAUGGCGGGCCCGGCCCCUUCCGCGGGGUCGCGGCCAUACUCCACGUGCCGCCCGCGCGGGCCACGCUCCUGGCCAGACUGUUGCGAGCUGGCGGGGGACUCGCGCUCAGCGACAGCCCCCCUUACUCAAGCGACGAGGCGACAGUUUGCUUCGCUGACGUGAAGCGUCUGCCCCUCUCCGAGCGGGACGCCACUUGGUUGAGGUCAAAACGAAUACCAGUCUGUCCGCCGGUCCUCCUCAGCUCAUACCUGACUGAGGAGGUCGCGCCCAAACCUGAGGACCACUGUUUACCUGAAUUUAGAUCUAAAUAGAAAUAAAUUAUGUUAUUGUU